UUUAUAGGCAAAGGAUGAGUGCAAAGAGGAAAUGGGGGAGAUUUAAACCAAAUCAAAUUUUCAGAAAAAGAAAAUAAAAAAAAUUGCAGAGAGAAUCUCUCCCUCUCUUCCUCUCCGAUCAGAUCGGAACUUUCUCUCCCAUUUUUCUUCAAUACGGAUAAAGAAAUAUUUCCGUCAAGUUUCUAAUCGAAUUUUUCUGGUUGCAAUCCGAAGCAUUUGAAAAUAUUGCAUUACCUAUUCUUUUGUUUGAUUUGUUGUAAGUAUACAGAUACGGAGUUUGUAUUUGUUUCUGGGCGAGAUUGAAGCUGUGAUCUGGUUAUUUACGGAGGAUUAUUGGGGAUUUUGCGGUGGGAAUUUAAUGUAACGGUGAGAAUUUUGGUGUAAGAAAUUUUUGGAUGGCGUCGGCGCAGGUCUUACGGAAGCAAGAGCAUUUGGAAGCUGGAAAGAAGAAGCUAGAGGAGUUUCGCCGAAAGAAAGCGGCUGAGAGAGCUAAAAAAACCACUUCUACAAGUCAAGUUCAUGCCUCUGAUAGCGUUAUACAUCAGAAGCAACCAUCAGAAACUGAACAUGUACGCCCUACAGAUGCUAAUGGAGUAGGUACUUCUGAUGCACUUGCUGAAGGUCGCUUGGAACCAUCAGGUGGUGCACCCAAGGAAUCUGAUAUUUCAAUUAAAAGUGAUAGUAGUUCUUCUGCGGAUAGGAAUGUUACACCUUCUCCUCCGUCAAGACACAAUGAUAUCAAUUCAUCUGUUCUAGAGCACUCACACUUAAAUAAUGAAGAUUACAAGGAUGCUGCUUCUGUUGGUUCAGAUGGUUUUAGAACUGCUAAAGAUAUAUUCCAGAUCAGAAAGGAUGAUUAUGGGUCAUCAUCUCAGGUUUCAUCUGGGGUUGGAAACGAUCACUUUUUGACUCAUCAAGCACCAUCUAAUCAGGAAAACCACGCUUCCAAUCACUCAAAAUACCAUGACUUAGAUAAUUACCCAUCAAACAACAUUGAUGGCCCUGAGAAGGAUCUUUCACAUGGUAAUUUUGGCACAUCUGCUAUUUCUACUGAUGUUUUGACCAAGAGUUCUGUCAGCGCUCUCCUGGUAGACAAAUUGGGUAAUAGCGGACAUGAGGAUAAAAGCCUAAUGUCAUCACCUUACAAAGACUCUCUGCGUUCUACCUCAAUCGUAACCAACUCUGCAUUUGGACAUAAACAAAAAUUCUCUGCGUUUUCUGAUAUGGGUGAAAAGAAACUAAGUGGUUCUGUUGAUCAUAUUGGGAGUGUGAACCAGUCAUCUCCCUGGACCUCUGACAAUAGAUAUUCUGAUUACAAUAAUGACGCCCGAAGCUCAUUGAGUCAUGCACCAUCAUCUCCACCUGCAGCCGGGAGGAGAAACCGUCCAUCUUUUCUUGAUUCCAUCCAGAUCAUGAAAGGCCCUUUGUCAUCCCGUCCCCUAUUUGGGGCAGAAAAAGCUGAUUCGUCAAAGCCUAAGGUUUUUCCAGUGGAUGGUUUGGAAUCAUCAGAUUCUCAGAGAUAUGCUAAUUCUUCGGUUGCAGCUGGUGAUGGUGUUGGUCUUUUCAAUCAUGUCAGUGAAAACAAAUACGAUUUUUUUCCAUCUAAGCAGAAUGACGACUUUGCUGCUUUGGAACAGCAUAUUGAAGAUUUAACGCAAGAGAAAUUCUCGAUGCAGCGUGCUCUUGAAGCUUCACGGGCUUUAGCCGAGUCUUUGGCUUCUGAAAAUUCGGCUUUGACAGAGAGCUUUAAUCAACAGGGAAGUGUUGUCAACCAGCUGAAAUUUGACCUGGAAAAGUUACAGGAAGAAAUCAAAGCUCAACUGGUAGAACUUGAAGCUGUAAAAAGAGAAUAUGCUAAUGCACAGAUGGAAUGUAACGCAGCUGAUGAACGAGCAAAAUUAUUGGCUUCUGAAGUUAUUGAGCUGGAAGAGAAGGCAUUGCGGUUGAGGUCAAAUGAGCUAAAAUUGGAAAGGCAGUUGGAGAACACCCAAGCUGAAAUUUCUUCCUAUAGGAAGAAAAUGGCAAGCCUUGAGAAAGAUCGUCAAGAUCUGCAGUCAACCAUUGAUGCCUUACAAGAAGAGAAGAAGCUAUUACAGUCCAAAUUACGGAAAGCUUCUUCAAGUGGGAAUUCCAUUGACUUAAGCAAGACUUCACGUGCAAAAAAUGAUGUGUCGACUUCCACUGAGGAUCUUGAAUCUGGAAACUCAGAAAAUCUUCGUACUGCUUUGCCUGGGGAUGAUGCCUCUAGUUCUCAGGUUUCACAUGAAAAUAUACAUCUCAGUCUUGAAGGUCUACCAAUGGCUUUUCCUUCCGACCAGAUAAGAAUUAUUGAAAAUAUUAACACAUUAAUUGCUGAGUUGGCAUUAGAGAAAGACCAGUUGACGCGGGCCUUGUCAGCAGAAUCAUCCCAAAGCUCCCAGCUUUUGGAGCUGAACAAGGAAUUGACUCGAAAGCUUGAAGCUCAAACACAGAGAUUGGAGCUUUUGACAGCUCAAAGCAUGGUGAAUGAUAAUACCCAACCAAGACAACUGGAUCCUCGGGCUGUGCAUGAAGACACGACUUAUGCUGAUGAAGGAGAUGAGGUAGUCGAAAGGGUGUUAGGCUGGAUCAUGAAGCUCUUCCCUGGAGGGCCAUCAAGGCGUCGACCUAGCAAGCAUCUUUGAUGUUAUAAUAUCCAUUUCUUGAAAAAAGCUUUUGUGCAGAUCAUGGUUCUUCCUGCCCUUUUUGGUGGAUAGAUAGAGCUGGAGUUUGUAUUCUAUGAGUGAGAGUACGUUCAUUCUUUCCUAGAAGAGGAAAAAAUGCCCAUUCUUUCCUAGAAGAGGAAAAAACUUGUUCUUGGGAGAGGGCUUCAUUGAAGGUGCCAGAAUUCGAUUUCUUUGCAAAUUCUGCAAUCAAGUUAGUCCUGCAUUUUCAAUAUAUUUUGAGGUCAUUUGAUUGUUUCUUGGGACUUUGUCUACAUAUCAGUAAGCAGAAUAACUUCUUGUAAUUAAAGGGAGAACUUUGGCAAUGAGAGAUGACAAAUUUAGUGGAGAAACAAGGGCAAUUUGUAUUUGUUAGAUAGUCUGAAGUGGGAGAAUCUGUGUAUUCAUUGUUUUUUUGGGAUUUUGUUUCUAGAUUUCCUUUUGUAUACUCAAGCGUGGCACUUGAAUGAAUAUUGGAAAAGAUUAUUCAUUUA